CUUUUCUAUAUCCUCAAGAGUCCUGAAACUAGCAGAACAAUAAUCAAAAAGCAGAACAAUUGAAGAAUACGUUAAUCAGGUGCAGAAUUUCAGAGCGGGGUAUCAGAUUAUUUCGGGUGAAGAUCCACCCGCGUGUGGAUAAGAACACCUGGGACAGUCAACGGCGGUGAAGCUCCAGCAUGGAAAUCAAAGAAGAAGGAGCGUCUGAAGAAGGCCAGCACUUCCUCCCUCCCGCCCAGGCCAACGACCCUGGGGACACGCAGUUCACCAGCAUUCAGAAGAUGCCGAAUGAGCCCCAGCUGGAAUUCAUCCUUGCGUGCAAGGAUCUCGUGGCUCCAGGCCGCGAUCGGAAGCUGAGCACCGCGGUGCAGAUCUCAGUCAUCCAGCCCGGGGAGGAGAGCGUCACCCGGUACUCCAGCACCGAGACGGUGGAGGGAACAAGAGACCCACUGUUUCUGACUGGUGUCAUAUUCCCAUCCGAGUACCCCAUCUUUGAGGAGACCACCAUAAAACUAGCCGUGUAUGACGUGAAGGACAAAUUCCACGACACCGUUCGGACCAGUGUUCGCCCUGAACAUAAGGAUACCCCACCUGAAGUUGGGAGAAGCUUCUUGGGCUCGGCCAUCUUUCAAGUUGGGGAGUUACUGAAGUCUAAGGACCAGCUGCUAUCCCUGAGCCUGAGAACCUCCGAUGGUGGCAAGGUGGUGGGAACCAUAGAAGUGAGCGUGGUGAAGAUGGGGGAGACCGAGGAGGGAGACGCUGGCCCCCUCCCGACGGACGCACAGGGGCAGAAGUGUGCGCUGGUAUAUGAAUGUACAGCUCCAGAAAACAUCAGUGGAAAAGAUGACUUACCUCUUCUGCACGGAGUGCUAAAGAAUCCAGUGUGCAAAUUAUAUCGAUUUCCCACGUCAGACAAUAAGUGGAUGCGUAUCCGGGAGCAGAUGUCGGAGAGCAUACUUUCUUUCCAUAUUCCUAAGGAAUUGAUUUCCCUUCACAUAAAAGAAGAUUUGUGUAGAAAUCAGGAGAUAAAAGAACUUGGUGAACUUUCUCCACACUGGGACAAUCUGCGGAAAAAUGUCCUCACUCACUGUGACCAGAUGGUGAAUUUAUACCAAGACAUUCUGAAUGAACUCAGCAAGGAGGCAGGGUCCUCUUUCAAAUCAAGCAGCAGCAAAGGAGAGAAAACAUUAGAAUUUGUUCCAGUAAAUCUACAUCUGCAACGAAUGCAUGUACACAGCCCACACAUGAAAGAUGCGCUCUAUGACGUGGUCACCGUGGGAGCCCCCGCAGCCCAUGUCCAGGGAUUUAAGAACGGUGGUCUUCGUAAACUGCUCCAUAGAUUUGAGAUGGAAAGAAGAAAUACUGGAUACCAAUUUAUUUACUAUUCACCUGAAAACACAGCAAAAGCAAAGGAAGUUCUCAGCAACAUCAAUCAACUACAACCUCUGAUAGCAACCCAGGCAGACCUACUGCUUCAUUCCGCAAGCCAGCAUUCUCCAGACAGCUUGAAGAAUUCUUUAAAGAUGCUUGCAGAAAAAACAGAACUUUUUGUGCACGCCUUUAAGGAUCAGCUGGUCAGGAGUGCUCUCCUAGCUCUCUAUACGGCCAGGCCGGGAGGCACCCUGAGCAAAACGCCAUCUCCUAAGAGCAGCGCGGAGGAAAGCCACGCCCAGGACCAGCCCCCACCCAUGAAGAGGCAGGGCUCCAUUCCACAUCACUCCGACUACGACGAGGAAGAGUGGGACAGGGUGUGGGCCAACGUGGGGAAGAGCCUGAACUGCGUGAUUGCCAUGGUAGACAAGCUGAUCGAGAGGGACGGAGGCGGUGGAGGCCAAGACGGACAAGAGGAGCCUGAGCGAGCGGAUGCCCUCCCCCCUCCCCCACGGGAAGACUGGUGCGCCCAGUUGCAGCCCCUCAUCCUGGCCCUGAAGGACUGCAUGGGCGAGGUGGUGACCCGGGCCAAGCAGUCGCUGACGUUCGUGCUGCUGCAGGAGCUCGCCUACAGCCUGCCCCAGUGCCUGGUGCUCACCCUGCGCAGGGACGUCGUCUUCAGCCAGGCACUUGCUGGAUUAGUUUGUGGCUUUAUCAUCAAAUUAUACACCUGUUGGCACGACCCUGACUUCCUGCAGCAGCUUUCCACAGUGGGGCUGGUCGUGCAGUACGAAGGGCUUCUGAGCACGUACAGUGAUGAGAUCGGAAUGCUGGAAGACAUGGCGGUUGGCGUUUCCGAUCUGAGGAAGGUUGCGUUUAAGAUCGUCGAAGGCCACUCCACGGAUGUCUUGCCAGUUAUAACGGGAAGACGGGAGCACUACGUGGUGGAGGUCAAGCUCCCUGCGACCAUGUUUGAGUCGCUUCCGCACCAGAUCAGGGAAGGGCAGCUGCUUCGCGUGCAUCCCGUCCUUUUCAACGUGGGGAUCAAUGAGCAGCAAACCCUUGCCGAGAGGUUUGGCGAUGUCUCUUUGCAAGAAAGCAUUAAUCAGGAAAACUUUGAGCUUUUAAAAGAAUAUUAUACGAUAUUUAUGGAAAAGAUGCCUCCUGACUACAUUUCACACUUCCAAGAACAUAAUGAUCUAAAAGGAUUGCUAGAAAAUCUACAUCAAAACAUACAAGCCAAGAAAAGGAAGAAUGUGGAAGUCAUGUGGUUGGCGGCAACGAUCUGCCGCAAACUCAAUGGAAUCCGUUUCACGUGCUGUAAAAGUGCCAAAGACCGGACAUCCAUGUCUGUGACCCUGGAGCAGUGCUCCAUUCUGCGGGAUGAGCACCGGCUCCACAAGGACUUCUUCAUCCGCGCGCUGGACUGUAUGAGAAGCAGACAAGCCCCGGGAGUGCUGAAUGAAUCCGAUGAUCCAGAAACAGGCUGGCUAACUGAUAACAAGCCAACUUCUCGACACUUCUACCCUGUCGCCCUGCUGCUUGUCAGCUCACACCUGCUAGUUGUGUGGCUUAUUUUAAGUCUCGCGUUACUAUUAGCCAAAUACCAAUAAGUUUUAUGUUGUAUUUUUUUUUUUACAAAUGACAAUGGACUUUAAAUUAUGGGGGACAAUGCUGUACUAUUUCUACAUUUUCAGACUCACUGAAUUUAAACAAAAAAAAAUGUUGGCAUUGUGUUUCUGUUUGUUUUCCUAAACCCUACAGAACAAAAAUUACUAUGCAUUCUGUCAGUUCCUUUGCUCUUCUGUUCCUCGUAAAGCGUUUUCCCACUGUUAACUAGCUCAAGAAGAAUUUCCCAGUGAUUGUCUCUGGACUAAGACAAAGAACAGAAUCCUGAAAGCUUGAAGUUCUGAACCUCCCCUUCCUCUUCCCACCCAAUUUAUUUAAAAGGAAUUGAGAUUAAAUUUGCACAACCGGACUAAAACCCUGAGAUAAGCUCCCCCACACCCCCCAGGACCAGGGAGGUUCCAGACUUUCCUUUCCACUGUGCUAAUAACAUACUUCCCACCAUAGAGACACUUCCCUCUGGUCUUUGAACCUGUUGUUUGAUUUCUUUGCUGCACUUAACCCUUUUCUGUCACAUACAUUUAUGGAGAGAAUGGCUAUUUAUGUUUUGUAAUUAAAUUAUCCUGUUUGUAACUAUUGUUUGGGUUGAUUUGGCUUUCAGAGUACUUUUCUAUUCUUUCUAACAAGGUCUCCUUGUGUCUCGAUGCGCCAUUUUUAGCACCUGUGACUUUUGUACUGUUGGGGACAAGAACUCUUCCUUCACUAUGAUGAGACUUGGACCAGGCUCCUCAGAAAGCCAUGUUCUCUUUGUUGCACAGCUAAAACAAUGAAUUAAAAGAAUAGAGAUGAAACUUUCCUUUAAAAGUCUAUAGGGCCAGAGUUAAUCAAUUUAAUGCCUUAUUAUUCCUAGAAACUGCAUCCUUAGGGCUACAUAUAGAUUUUAAUGUGUUUUAAAGAGAUGGACAGAUAUUGAUUUAUGGAAAAGAUAUACAAAGGCAGAUAUAUUUAUGAAACUCAAGUGAAACUGUAUUGUGGAGUAAAUUAUAUUUAGAGAGUUUAUGAAACCUGAUGUGUCUGUUAAGAGUCUAAAGAGGCUUUAAGUCGUCUCUUUGCGAAGGCAAUAAGGGUAUUAUUGGGCCUGGCCUGGGAUUUAAUUUUGUAAGAUGUAUCAUCACUUGUGGAAAACAAAACACACAAACAAAAUGUAGAGUUGAAUCUUUGUUAUUUUUACUUGGACUGUUGCUGCAACUCUGCAUUGAACAAAUAAAGCAUAUUUCUUUAUUCUGUG